UCCAGUCCAGACGGUGGCAGUAAUACACUCAACAUCUGGUUUGCACACUUCGGAACGAACAAAAAGGGGGUAAUAAGAAGAACUCGGUAGCAGUGGCUGCGGUUCCGUGAAAGGACGUCUUUGUUUCGCGCAGAGGAAUGGCUUCUCUUAAUGUUGGGUCGACAUACUCAAAUUAUACAGACUUUAAUAAUGCGGUCACCGCAUUCGAAAAUGAGAAUUUUGUCCAGUUUUACCGCCGCGACGCAAGAACAAUUGAAAAAGUCAAACGAUUAAAUCCAAGGCACCAUUACAAUCCUGAGUUGAAGUAUGUGAACAUACAUCUGACUUGUAUACACGGUGGCAGAAAUUUCUUAUCACAUUCUAAAGGAGUGCGUCCGAAAACGAGGUAGCUAACUUCCAUUUCUAGAUGACUUUUUUUGCUUGUAUCCAUGGUCAUGUAGCCUACAUAUCUGCUAGAUCUGCUGACAGGGGCCACUGUUUUGCAGCCACCGUCCGUCAUAAUAAGAGUAUUUCAAUGUAAUGUUUUCCAGGACAAGAGAACAUAUUUUUUGUUGUUGUAGUGGGGACAGUAUAAAAAAAACUGUUUUUUAAUUAGAAAUGUAUUUCGUUUUACAUUGUUCGAACAAUGUUAAAGUAGGCUCGUUGUCUCUACAGUACCUGCAGGGUUGGAUGCCCAGCUUUAAUCAAAGUCAAAACUACAGAGGAUGGAGAGAGAUUAGUUGUAAAGGAAAUGGUCAAAAUACACAACCAUGAAGUCAGUGAGGCUGCAUUCAAGCACUACCCCAAGAGGAGACAACUAUGUCCGGCUGAACGCGCCAAGUGUUCAGAAUUGCUGACAAAGUACGAUGGCAACAAAAGUUUGGUGAUCGAAGAGCUCACCAAAGUAACUGGAAAAGUCAUCCUACCGAAGGACAUUCACAACAUUGCAGCGACAAUGAACUGUCCUCCAAAAUGUGAGCGAAAGAAACAAGAGGUGACCAAAGGGAUUCGAAUGGUGAUGGACACCGACACAAAGCUAAGAGAACAGGCAAGAAAAAGGCGGCCUGGAUCUGCGUUCAAGGAUCCGAGGAGGUCCGAGAAGAAACUGGUGCUUGACGUGGACACGGGGGUGGAUGACGCUCAGGCCAUCAUGAUGGCUCUCGCAGCCCCCAACGUGGAGGUCCUGGGGAUCACCUGCGUAAGCGGCAACACCUCCCUGGAAAACUCCUGCAGGAACACACUGCGCGUCCUCAAGGUCUGCCAGAGACUUGAGAUCCCAGUGUUCAGUGGAGCUGCAGAGCCUCUGAUGGGCCACCCCCUGUCGGCAGGCUCCUUCCACGGGCAGGAUGGGCUGGGGGACGCCCCUGACCCAGAUGCCCCGGGCCUGGAGCUGCUGCAGACAGAAGGGGCUGUGGAAGCCAUCAUCAGGCUGGUCAAUGAGAACCCUGGAGAGGUGUGCCUGGUAGCUAUGGCCCCGUUGACCAACCUGGCCAUUGCAGUGAAGAUUGACCCCACCCUCCCUCAGAAACUCAAAGGUCUCUUCAUCAUGGGAGGCAACACUGACUCGAGGGGGAACACCACAGUGUGUGGAGAGUUCAACUUUGCUGCCGACCCGGAGGCUGCUUACAUCGUCCUGAACCGCUUCUUCUGUCCAACCUACAUCGCUACCUGGGAGUUCUGCUGUGAGAACAAGCUACCAUGGUCGUUCUGUGACAACUGGCUGGCCCAGGACUCAGACAAGGCCCGCUUCAUGAAGAGCAUCUUCAAACACACCAUGGACACCGUAGCCACUUGUGCUCGCUACCAACGGGAGAUGGCGGCUGGCCCGGGUUUCGUGUCGUGCGACUCGUACGCCAUGGCAGCGGCCAUUGAUGACAGUUUCGUGUGGGUGUCUGAGCCGGUGGCCGUUACCGUGGAGCUUCAGGGGACCUACACACGGGGCAUGAUGGUCCUGGACAAGCUGGGAGUCCUGGAGAAGGAGCACCAAGUUCUCAUCAUGAGGACGGUGGACCUGGAGAGCUUCAAGGGGAUGUUGAUGGACUCCCUGAAGUAAUAAGCGCUGGGCUGGGAACUACACCUAUACCGCUGUCCCAUAUUGCUUUCAAUUGUUUAUUUUUGGGGAGGGCUCAAAUUCCACUCUUCGUAAUGAGUUUUGUACAAAUAGAUCUUGAUAAGGGGGACAGUUUGAGGUGGUGGAUAUGUCUGAUGGUAAUACAAUCAUUUUACAUUAUCAGGAAAUAAAUGUUCUACAAUGUUAA